AUGGCACCCAUCGCGGGACGGGCGCAGUCUCAUGUGCCCUUCGAGGCCUCACCGGUCCAAGACACGCUGCUGCGCGAUGCCCCGUCGCUGGAGCCCUUGAUCAGGAGGAGCGGUGGGCUCACCCAGCUUACCAAGGAUAUCCUCGAGAUGCUGCGACGAGCGCCUGGUGGAGGAUACUCCACGAGCUCGCAGCCAGGCCCACCAGGUCCGGAGGCGCUCCCCGCCGAGCCCGAAGAGCUCGUGGCCCUGGCCGAACAGGCCCUGGCGCUGGAGGAGCUCGAGGCGGACCGGGCCAAAAUCGGCGCUUCGGUUCGGUUCUGGAGAGUCUUGGAGGACAGCAUGCAGCUGAAGUGGUCUCGCGACGACCGGGAUGCAGCCUACCAGAGGCUUCUUGCAGAUGGGGACUCGAGGGACAGAGACCUUCGUCCCGGCACAGGCUGGUUCAAUGCGGGAUCUGCUCCGCGCAGGUGCCGGCUCAACCAGAUGCUCGAGGAGGGGGGGUGUCGGGCCUUGAAGGCAGAUGCCAUGGUUUGGCUGGCCGAGCAGCUCGAGGUCCGCGCGCGGCAGCGCAUCGAGGUUUCCGUGGAGGGCAACCAGCCGAUUCUCCUCACUGCUCCCCACAACAUCUACCUCCGGAGGGACGGCCAGCCGCCUCACAUGAUGGAGGAGUACACCACUCUGAUCGCCCAGCGGAUGGCGAGACAUCUUGGUGGGACGUCCUUGUCCUGGAGCAGGGCCGAGCAAAAGAGGUCCGAGCUGCAGUGGUGCCUGGCCCGCCUUCGAUGCGAGGCCGAGGAUUUCAGCAGUUUCCUGGAGCCUUGCAAUCGAGAUCCCAACUACUUGCUGAACGAGGAGGUGGCGCAGAAUCCGUGGUUUCGCCAAAUGGCGAGGUUUGCGGACAAGUGGCGCCAUGCUAAGGAGGGGCACUUGCGGCCUUUGCUCCACAUCGACGUCCACGGCUGCAGGGAUCCGCCUGCAACGCCAUCGCACCUGACCGUUGGCUUGGCGGCCAUGCGCCAUGAGGUCGAGAUGGGGCGGAGUCCGCUCUCUCAGAGCCGUGUCGAGAGUUUUGCUGCCGCAUUGCAGAACGAGCUGACGCUGGUGCUCGGCAGCUUGGAUCUCCGACCCAGGUCCGAGAAGCUUGUGCGGGUUCUACUGCCGACUCUCUCCGGGGGUCAGAGCAUGGAGAGGCUUUCCGGUGCCUGGCCGCUGGAGGAGCGUCGGCUCACUCAGUCGCAGCAGGCCAUGGCUUUUGCCGGCUUUACGCACUCGUGUCAGCUGGAGCUGUCCAAGGCACUCCGGCGAGCACUGAGCCGGGACGAUGCGGCCACGGCCCGACUUGGGAGAGCGGUGACGAAGGCCUGGGCCUUGUGCUGCCAGGGUGCCUUGCCUUCGCUGCCGGGGCCCAGGAAGUCCCCAAGCGGUGACGAUAAGGAGGCCCUCGAGCUGAUGCGGCCACGCAGUGGCGGCGCCCGCGAACGAAAGAGGCGUGGCGACCGACGCGGCUGUCCUCCUUUGCGGCGCCAUCAGACCGCCUGA